AUGCAACGAAAAAUACAGGAAAGGAUUGACCGUGAUCACUUGAGGAUAUUCUUGGUGUUGAACGCCGGUGCGGCGCAGCAGUAUCAUAUAUUCACCAAGAAGGAUAGGAAGAAAUAUUUAGCCAAGGCCCAUGUUAUCAAAUAUUCUGGGGUAAAGCACGACUCAGUAGAUGCCAUAGAACUGCUCACCAAAAGCCUCAAGUCCAAGAAGCUAAAGCGGACUGGCGUGAGGCGAGCAAUUCUCUUCCUCGGCGGCGUCUCCGUGGAUCAGACCAACAGAGCCAAGGUCAGCGGAAUGAUGAUCAAGGAGGUCCUCACGCAGAAACUCCUAGUGUUCUAUCUUCCCAUGGGCUCCAACCCCAACGUGCCUUUUUGGAACCAGUUCAUCUCCGAGGCCUACCUCCUUGAAGGCUCCGUCACAGCGGACACCAAGUUUGUCGUAAAGACGAUGAAAUACAUCAUGGGGCUUGUUCGGAACGAAGAAUGUAUGCCUGGAAGAACACCCAGAGGAACCGCAUGCAUCGCCACGAAGACCGCUGGUUCAGUGAGUAAGCGUAUCAAGGAAGUGAUUGACGUGAUGGUAGUGCUUGAUGGCUCCUCGGCAACUGGGAGGAAGAAGUUCGACCAACUCAAGCAGUUCGUCAUCUACCUCCUGACCAACUAUCAGAUCUCACAGAAGUAUAUGAGGGUGUUCCUCAUCUCGUGGGGUCAUCGGUUGCAUACGUAUAGGUUCUAUGGAGGCAACGACCAGGUCGUCACCGCACAAUACAUCAACGAGGUGCGUGAGGUCCUUUACGCCAAGUCUAAAUCACACGUCGGGCUGAUCCUUGGCAAGGUACUGGAGGUGGUCAGGGAUAAGGAGUUCCUGAGGCCCGGAGUCAGUAGGGUCAUACUGCUGUUUGGGGCCCUUCAGACGGAGGGUGCAAGGGGACAGCAGACAACUGCACUAGUACAGAAUAUCUUGUCCUACAGGACUUUCAUGUUCUAUAUGGCAUACGGAAAGAAGACAGAUGAUGUGUUUUGGAAGAAGGCGUUACCAGUUGGCUACGUAUUCGACAACGUCCAACCGAAGUUGAUAUGGUUCAUCAAGGUCAUGAACACCAUCUACGAGGUCACUGGAAAAAAGAGCUGUGCAAAGGGAUACAAACUGACCAAGAACAGGUGCAUUGGAAAAGGAAAAGUGAACAAGCGAAUCAAACUGAAGUUGAACCUCGUGGUAAUCAUAGAUGCCUCGGUGAACACAGGUAAGGUCCACUACUCCAAGGUGAAGCAGCUCCUUCUCUAUCUCCUGGACAACUACCUCAUCAGCAAGGAGUACCUCACCCUCAAGAUCAUCUACGCUGGGAGGAAGGUGCAGAUGCUGAAGAUAAACGACACGAGAAGCAUUCAGGUUCUGAAAAAAGCCAAAGCAAAUAUAGCCUCGAAAUUCCCGUACGUUGAUGCCACACUCCAAACGUCCGAUUCCUUCAAAUUCCUGGUGAAACGUUCCGGAAGAAAAGGCUUUCAUCGAAAGGAUGUCGGAACAGCCAUCUUCAUGCUCGGGGGCUGCCGGAUUGAGAGGGACAAGCGCACUUUGGUCACCAACUGGGUGAAGCAACUGGUCGGUCUCACUGCCCAUGUUUAUUACUUGGCGUACGGAGCAAAGACUGAUGUACCGUUCUGGACGAAAGUAAUUUACAAGUACAACAUUCAGACGCGGACAAUGGGGAGUUUGAGGUGGUUCAAGGGAUUCAUGGCUGAUGUGAUGUCGGUCAUGAGGAAGAAAGGCUGUAUGCGAGGCUACUACAAAGACAAGAAGAAAGGAAUGUGUCUAGGAGCCCUAAACAAAUGCAAACACCCCCAAGUCUGGAAUGGCAAGCGAUGUGUCAUCAUGAAGAAAAGUCGAAUCGUCCUAGACCUCAUCAUCGUCAUCGAUGGUUCAAGCAACACGGGUAGAGAAAAGUUCAACGACAUCAAGCGGUUCACGACACUGAUUCUUGAGAACUACGUCAUCAGUAAAAGUGCACUUCGAAUAUACGUCAUCGUUUGUGGGAGGCGCACGCAUCAAUUUCAAUUUCUCGACAGCCAAUCAGGAAAGAGAACCAAGGAGUUUGCGAAGCAGAUUAGUAGUUUGGAGUACACGGGAUCGAAGCCUGAUGUUAUGAGUAUGAUGGAGGCGUUGCAUCAGGUUGUUGGGCGCAAAGAUUUGUUUGUCCGGCGUGGGGUCAAGCGCGUCGCCUUCUUAAUGGGAAGCUUCAAGCCGAAACGAAGAGCAAAGACCGAUGUCAGUACAGAGUUGAAGUUGAUUUCCUCAUACAGGGUAUUCAUCUUCUACAUGAUAAGCGGGAGGAAGGUAGAAAGAACUUUCUGGAGACAAGAGCUCCAUAUGAACCACAUCAUCAGUAGGAUGCGGCUAACUCUCCAAGGCAUACGCAGUAGGCUCAACAAGAUCAUGAAAGUCAUCGCCAAAAACAACUGCAUGGACGGUUACGAGCUGAAGAAGAAUAUGUGUGUGGUGAAGCUCCCCAAGGCUGAUACGUGUGCCAAGGAACAAGAAUACGAUAAGAAGGCGAAGAGAUGCGUCAGAGCUGGAGAUGUAAACGGACCACUUGCUCCAAGCAAAGGUUGUAUGAAGCUUUACCCGCACAAGUUAGGCCAGGGUUCCGAGAAGAUUCCAAACCCUUCGGGGAAGAAGUGGACGUCUAAACUGUGCCGAGACUACUGCGAAAUCAACCCGAAGUGCCUGGCAGUGGAUUGGAAGGCGAUUGAGCGAGCCUGUCUGUUGCAUACGUCGUCCUUCAAGCCGAUGAAGGCGACCAAGAAGUACUCAAAGCACCCGGGAUCUAUUGCUCAGUACGCCAAGGAAGGGAAAUGUCAUGAUCACAGAAGAAAAAUCGAGCUGAACCUACUGCUUGUUGUAGAUGCCUCAAGCGACACGGGCAGGGAAAACUUCAAGAAAAUCCAAAAGGCCAUCCGCGAUCUUCUGGAAGACUUCGCCUUUGGCCCAAAGAAACUGAAAGUAGAAAUCUUAAUCUCUUUGGCUGGUGCAAUAAAACACUUCAAGCUCCCCACAGAUACCAAGGCAUUCGGUCAACGCACGAAGUUCUUGAGUCUCGUUUACGAAGUUGGUAAAUCCCAGAACCAAGCGCUCUUGGUGAAAGCAGCGAAGGUUGUCUCGAAGGGAAACUUAUUCAAGUCCAAGGCGAAAGCAGCCAUUUUGAUUUUUGGCGCAUUCAAAGCCAAAAAUGGCGAUGGAAAGGCAAUGAAGACUACUUUACGGCAAAUUAUUGCGAAGAAGGUCCAUAUUUUGUAUAUUGCGUCCGGAAAGCAUGAUGAUGUCAGAUUCUGGAGGAAGCUGAUCCCGAAGAAUUAUACCAGGAAAGGGAUCCAUUCGACUGAGUCUUGGUGGAACCGGCUGCUGAGUUACAUAUCGAGGAGCACGAAGAAAGGAGUUGGUUCUUUUAAAAAACGAUGA